GCCUGAGAAGGUGUCCUACUAACCUAUCUCGCCUAUUUCUAACUGACUCCCAUAGAGCCUUCUGUUGUCCUACUCUUUCUAAUACCUCUUCAUUUCUAACCUUCUCUAUCCACGGUAUCUCCACCAUUCGUUGUAACGCUACAUUUUAAACACUUCUAACCUUUUCUUUUCCAACCUCAUGUAAUAAUUGCGCGAUACUGGAAGAAUGUGAGUGAUAACUGAAGUCUGAUCAGUACUUCUAAAACAAUUAAGGCAGAAGAAGGUACAUGAAAAAGAAAUAGAAUGAGUCAUCAUACACCACAAAGUGAUAUACAUAAAUGUGAGGGCAAUGACCUUAUGGAAAACCCCAACUGCUCCAGCAAUGAUGACCAGGAUUAUUUAGUGUAAUUGUGUAAUGCAGCGUCACUAUAUGCUGUAGUGGAGUUCUGUACGCUAAUAAGGGCAAGGAAGGAAUGCAUAGACUGUUAUUUAUUACGGCGUUGGACGCCGGUAAUGGUACAAUUUGCAAAAGCAAUGAAAGUACAUCCUGGCUUUGCUCAGAAGCCUUGAAUAAUGUUACAUCAAAAGAGAAACAAAAGACACCUCAAGAAUCAAAACGGCCCCUCAGAGUAAGUUAUUCAGCAUCAGCGGAGUCUGCUGGGCCCACAAGGGUUGCAAGUUUCUAUUCGACCGCAAGUGCGAAUUUCGGUGGUUCCAGACCAUCAUCAUUUAACUACGACAUUGCGACCGCCAUUAAUUUAGAGUCAACAGGAAGAGUGUCUUCCAUAAGGAGAGAAACUAAAACAGCCCAAACUCUUAGUAUAGUCGUCGGUGGCUUUGUAGUCUGUUGGUUACCGUUUUUUGUGUAUUACAUUUUGACGCCUUUUCUGCCUAGUACUGAAGUAAACAAAAGUCCACUGAUGCCUUACUUUACCUGGUUGGGGUGGCUUAAUUCCGCUAUAAAUCCUUUUAUUUACGCAUUUUACGCGCCUGAUUUCAGACUGGCUUUCUGGAGGCUUACGUGUAAACAUUUUUCUAAACAAAGAAGAGCUGACGUUCUCGUUCAACACAAAUAAGAAUAUAAAAUUAAAAUAAGUUACUUAUAGUCAAUCAUUAGAUUAUAACAAAUUAAUACAAAAAAUUUACAGUAACAACUGCACAAGUUUUACUUUAUUUUUUAUGAAAAUGAGAAAUUAAAACGCUCAACAUCAGUAAAAGGUUUUUCGAAUUACAUAAACAAUUGCAGUUGGCAGAAUGUUCCAAAACCAAAAUUGUCUUUUGAUUAUGUUAGUUGUUCACUGAAGCCAAUGAUCAACUAUUGAAAGAACCAUACUGAGCAUUAUGAAGGGGGGAGAGAAGGUGGAUUUUGUUAAAGAUACCCUCUCAAUGAGAAGAAUUUUCCGACUGAAAAUUGAUUGCAUCUACACAUUACUAGAAUGUCUUUGUGUAAGCAAUAGGUAUGUCCCUACAUACUGAUGUAUGAAAAUUACAAGUUACAGUCGAACUCCCGGAAUAUGUCAACUGCGGUACGAAAACGCUGUCACUCAGUACAAAGGUGUAGGGAUGUUGUCACACCCUUUAAAUCCCUCCUAUCGAACGGUACGUCUCUGACGUUUAAAUAAACGUUUUUUUGCAAAGUUGUGUACACUUGCCAUUAAUAUUAAAUUGAUGUACCUAACCUAACCUAAUAUGUCAUUUUCUUAAUCUCAUACGUUUGUAAGUACUUUUACAAUUACUAUUUCUUAUCGACGUAAC